AUGUUCGUCCUACAGUCCAAGAAGCGCAGCAUUGGGGUGCUACUUACGCUCUCUAUCGAGUUCUUCUGCAACGGGAUCCAGUUGAACCGCAUUCUCCCUCCAGGUCCACGUGAAUACUGGAACGAGCUGGCUGCUGAACACAAGAACGUGGAAGAGCAUCAAAAAUGGAUGUAUGAAUCAGAUCCUUUUGCCGCUCGCAAGGCCGUAACUGAACGGCAAGAGAAAGCUUCGAAGAGGAGGGAUGAAAGUCAGCAAGGUCAAAAUGCGGGAGGUGGAAGCACCUUGAAAGUAUCCAAAGAAUUUUUGAACGCACCAGAAGUGAAGAUGGCGACAGAACUUCGUGAAUUAGUUGAAGAUGCUAUCAAAAAGACGAUCGCCCUCUACCCUGAAGCGGAGGAUGCUGCACCACUCGUGCUCACAGAGACUCAUUCUCCCGAAUUGCUUGGACAGCUUGGACAGCUUGGCUUUAAAAUAGCGCAAGCUCGAAAUGCUGUCGCUUUCCUUUCGCAGCCAUCCCCUCUCGCGUCAAAACUUCUACAUUCUGCUAAUCCUCUCGAAGCGUGCAUCGAGUAUCUAAUAUUACAUGUCCCGGAAUGUGACCUCCCACAGCGCUUCCUUCCUGCAGUCAACUCUUCUAACCCGUUCAUCACGGCUACACACGGAGGUUCAGACGACCUGAAGAGACGUUGGAUAGAGGAACGCGCCACCAAACAAGCAGGAUUCCCCGCACACGUCGUACGUGAAUGUCUAGAAGAUGCACGGCUCAUCGAAGAUUGGGCGCUUUUAGUCACUGCUCUGAAUCAUUACCUUGUUGGAAAGGAUUGGCUCACUGUAUUUGAAGAACACCUGGACAUCAUAGAAGCGGAGCCGAUAAGUACAGAGGAAGCCGAAGCCAUCGGGGCUAGUUACGACGAUGAUUCAACUCUCACGAUGCCGCUUUUCGUGGCGCCUAUUCAGGUUCAUUUCGUCAUUCCCCCGACAUAUUCCUACAAUAAGUCCACUCACCCGCCGCCAAUAUAUCUCACCUCCAAUUCCGUUCCUGCUUAUGUCCGGCUUCACCUCCUGUCACAGCUGCACGAAGCCUUCGAGAGUGGGUUCAUACAGAACACAGGUGAAGGUGUCUGCUUAGGUGUGAUGCAAGUGCUGGAGGAGCAAUGGGGACACGUCGAAGAUCAGGGGCCUCCAGAUAUAUCGAUUGUUCUCCAGCACCUCAUGCCAAAAUCCACACUGUUCCUUCCUCUCGAUGACGAAUCUCCCCCUCAGACCGAGGCGGUAGAGGCUAAGCGAAGGGCAGGUAAAAGGGGAGGGCAGCGACGAAAAGAGCAACGAACAGACCAUCAAAUUUUACAAGAGUUUGAACUCAUGCGUAAACAAAAGGCAUACACGGACUUAUAUGCUCUUCGCAAGAAGCUUCCCGCUUAUACUGCGAAAGAAGAGUUCUUAGGUUUACUCCAGAAUUCUAGAGUCGUCAUUGUUGUCGGCGAAACCGGUUCCGGGAAAACGACUCAGUUACCACAGUUCAUUUUAGAUGCUCUAAUCCUGGAGGGUCAAGGAUCGACUGCCAAUAUUCUGGUGACACAACCUCGGAGAAUAUCUGCCAUAUCUGUUGCUGCACGUGUCUCAACAGAACGUGUUGACGAUGGUUCGGUUGGUUACACAAUACGCGGAGAAAGCAAACAAUCGGAAAAAACAAAACUUUUGUUUUGUACUACGGGGGUUGUUCUAAGAAGACUCGGCUCUGGUGAUGGUCUGAAGGAUGUCACGCACGUCAUUGUCGACGAGGUCCACGAGCGAUCGGUGGAUGGAGAUUUUUUACUACUAGAGCUCAAGGAACUAUUGCAUCAUAAUCCGACAAUCAAGAUCAUUCUAAUGUCCGCCACGAUUAAUCAUGAGACUUUCGUGCAAUAUUUCAACGGUGCUCCGCUCUUGAGCAUCCCAGGUUUCGCGCAUCCUGUCACGGACAAGUAUCUCGAGGAUGUUCUACCUUUGAUCAGGUACCGUCCCUCAUCGUCGAAACGAGGUCAGAAACAAGACGAAGACGAGGAGCGCAUGGAGCGCAAUCAGUACAAGCUGGAUGGACUAGAUGAACAAACUGCUGCCGCUGUCCAGGCCAUAUCUCGCUCAGACAACAUCGACUAUCAACUUAUAACUGCAGUAAUCGACCACAUCAUGUCGAGUGCUCAGAAGAAGGGCGGCAUCCUCAUUUUCCUUCCAGGAGUUCAAGAGAUCCGACAAUGCAUUGAGAGGUUGAAAUCAACUUUGUCCAACGCGAACGUCGUGAUCCUUCCUCUGCAUGCGAAUCUUUCCAGCAAUGAACAGCGCACAGUCUUCGUCUCGACUUCCAAAUGGAAGGUCGUUGUUGCAACCAACGUGGCCGAGACGUCCAUCACCAUCGAUGACAUCAUCUAUGUCGUCGACGUUGGAAAGGUUAAAGAAACGCGAUACGACACCGACAGCGGAUUGACGAAACUCGUCGAGACAUGGGUCACUCGUGCUGCGGCUAGACAACGACGUGGUCGUGCAGGGCGAACGCAACCUGGCAUAUGUUACAAGCUGUACACACGCGCUCAAGAACAGAAGAUGGCACGUUAUCCGAGGCCUGAGAUAUUGCGCGUGCCCCUUGAGAGCAUCUCGUUGACGGUGAAGGCAACACGGGAAAAACAGGACGUGAAGUGUUUGGGGCCCAUCCUUACCAUUGCAGCAUGUCUAUCAUCGAAGCCCGUCUUCAUCAGCCCUAUGGACAAGCGCGAUGAAGCCAACCAGGCUCGUGCUCGAUUCGCUUUAGAAAAGAGCGAUAUCCUGACUGACGUUCAUGCAUAUGAUGAGUGUAUGCGUCUUCGCUCUGAAGGACAGCCGUCCAGCGCUAUCAAGACUUUCUGCGAGCAGAACUUCAUCUCCUACUCCACUAUUCGCGACAUCACCGCCCUCCGACACGAACUCUUCAAUUCCCUCACCUCGCUCUCCCUCGUCCCAGCCGCCUCCAUGCCCGAUACGCCUGCGCUUAAUCUUCACAGCGGCGCGCCCUCUGUGCUAAAAGCGAUCCUUCUCGCCGCAUUCUACCCGCGCGUCUCACGCAUCUCGCUCCCCAAAGGCGCAGUCAAAUUUGAUCAGGUCGCAGCAGGGACCGUCCCCCGGGAGAACACAGCGAAGGAGUUUAAGGCAGUUGACAUGCGCGGAGAGCGCGUGUGGAUCCACCCCGCGAGCGUGCUGUUCAGCGAGCACUCGUGGCGAAGCGGGAUCGUCGUCUCCUUCCUCCGCGUUGCGACGGGCCGCGUCUUUCUCCGGGAUGUUACCGAGGUACCUCUCUACGCGUUAUUGCUUUUCGGCGGGAACAUUGCGGUCAACCACAUCGGCGGUGGACUGGUCAUCGGCGGACGUGAGGGGACGAUUAAGCUCCGCGCCUGGCCACGCAUCGGGAUCCUCGUGCAACAGCUGCGGCGGCUGCUCGACGCACGUCUCAUGCGCGCAUUUGAUGGGAACACACCAUUGAGCAUGGCGAAGGACGAUCCCAUAGUCGACUCCAUGCUGGUGUUACUGUCCGGAGAUGGGCUGGCAUUAUUGAAUUGA